AUGAGUUCUUCAUCAAGCUCUCGCGAACCUUCACCAUCUAUGAAACAAACUUUACCAAACGAUUAUGGAGCACCUAUUGAAUAUUUCUUACGAGCUGCACAAUGGCAAAGAGCAGUCUCACCAAGGUUAGGUGUUCCACCAACUCCUGUCAAAAAUAGCAUUUGGUCAAGUCCUUAUAUAAAAUAUGGUCUCCCACUAGGUUUGCUAGCUACAGCAGGAGCAGUUAUGAUGUUGAAAAGAAAUAAAGCAAAUGUUGUAAAUAAUACUGAAGUAGCUGAAGUUAAACAAACUCCAACGCCUUCGCCAAAACCAACGCCUUCACAAGCAAAACCUUCAAUGACUCCUGAACCUAUGGAAGUACAAACUCCUGUUCAAAAGUCAACUCCUAAACCGACUCCAACAUUUAAACCAGAACCUACUCCUCAAAUAAAUCGUAAAACUCCUGCGUUUCCUUACUGA